AUCACGACUCAUCUUUCCGCCUGAACUUAUUUUGUCCCAUCUCUUGUUGAGCUGUGACUGUGAUCAUUUUAACAAGCUAUCGUGACUCUUCUCCUCUCAACCCCGGAUUACUUGACGACACCCCGCAUUCUCCAGAUUAACUGGCGUCUCACACAUCAACCAUGUUGUCGUCAACCAGAACAACUUUCCAUGCCCUGAAGUUGGGUCAGCCCCUCUCCCGCCCAUUGACCGUAUUUACCCGCGGCUAUGCCACAGCUGAGCCAGAUCUCAAAACCACUCUGAAAGAAGUUAUCCCCGAGAAGAGAGAGCUUCUCGCAAAAGUCAAGGCUCGUGGAGACGAAGUCAUCGGAGAUGUAAAGAUUUCCAACGUCAUUGGUGGCAUGCGUGGCCUCAAAGCCAUGAUCUGGGAAGGUUCAGUUCUCGAUGCCAACGAGGGAAUUCGUUUCCACGGUCGUACAAUUAAGGACUGCCAAAAGGAGCUUCCCAAAGGAACUUCAGGCACUGAAAUGCUUCCAGAAGCUAUGUUCUGGCUCUUGUUGACUGGAAAAAUCCCUACAACGACACAAAUUCGUGCCUUUUCUCGUGAACUGGCUGAGAAAUCGUACCUUCCUCAGCAUAUUUUGGACCUUUUCAAGUCCUUCCCCAAGGACAUGCACCCCAUGACUCAACUCGCUGUCGCCGUUGGAGCUCUCAACACCGAGUCCAAGUUCGCCAAGGCUUAUGAGAAGGGUCUGCCCAAGGCUGAUUACUGGGAGCCCACUUUCGACGACAGCAUUUCGCUGCUGGCAAAGAUCCCUCGUGUCGCUGCUCUCGUCUUCCGUUCCAAUGAAAUCGAUGCAGUCGCCAACCAGAAACUUGAUGUGACUCAGGACUGGUCCUACAACUUUGCCGAGCUCCUUGGAAAAGGAGGCAAGGAGAACGAGGACUUCCACGAUCUUCUCCGUUUGUACCUCGCUCUGCACGGUGAUCACGAAGGUGGCAACGUCUCUGCCCACGCUACUCACCUCGUUGGCAGUGCCCUCAGCGAUCCUUUCCUCAGCUACAGCGCUGGUUUGCUAGGACUCGCUGGUCCUCUUCACGGUCUUGCUGCGCAAGAGGUGCUCCGCUGGAUCCUGGCUAUGCAGGAAGAAAUUGGCACCAAAUUCACCGACAAGGAUGUAGAGGAUUACCUCUGGUCUACUCUCAAGUCUGGUCGUGUUGUUCCUGGAUACGGACACGGUGUUUUGCGUAAACCCGAUCCUCGUUUUGAAGCUCUCAUGGACUAUGCUGCUACUCGUCCUGAUGUCCUUGCAAACCCGGUCUUCCAACUCGUCAAGAAGAACUCUGAGAUUGCACCAGGCGUGUUGACCAAGCACGGAAAGACUAAAAACCCUCACCCCAAUGUCGACGCUGCUUCCGGCGUGCUCUUCCACCACUACGGCUUCCAUCAACCUCUCUACUACACUGUGACAUUCGGUGUAAGCCGUGCUUUGGGUCCUUUGGCCCAACUCAUCUGGAGCCGAGCCUUGGGCCUGCCUAUAGAGCGUCCCAAGUCCAUCAACCUUUUGGGUCUUGUUGGAAAGUAAGCAUUCGCAGUAGGUUUACAGUCGAGUAUAGACUUGAAUCGCUGCCAAAUGUACUAGCUGUGUAACUUCGUCAAAAUCGAGCUGAGCAUGUGUACGAAAGACUUGAUGAUAUUUCCUUGUUUUUUAUUUUCUCUUUUCUUGCGAGGAGCCUGUUUUGAACAUAGAGAAUUGAAUUUACGAUAACUAUUCUCCCUCCAUUUAUAUAUAUAUAUCGACGUAAAUAGAUACAACAGAGAGAAUUACAAUCUCGCCUCCUUCGCAACAAGCAAAUCCCACUCCCUCUGCCCAAAAUCAACAUACUCAUCUCCAGCCGGACUCAACCACAACAACCGAUCAUUCGCCCCUUCAACAUCCUUCGUACCUUUUAAGGCAGGAUCAACCCCUUCCUGUCUCAACGGUACCUUGUUUUGUUUAUUAUUAUGCGUAUGUCUUGCACCUUUCCUCGUGACUCUUAAAAACACCGGAACCGCAUAUCGCGGCAACUUCUCACAAACAAACC